GUGUGCGACGGUGCGGUGCCGGUUGACGCUGCCUGUUUACAUUCGAGCAUGACGCGGGAGCUAUGAGUUCCACGGCGGGGCCGGCUUUAAAAUUUUUAAUUCUGUGUACCUUUCAUUGAGCACAAGUGCCGGAUAUCGUGCUUCCAACGUCUGAUCAAGCAUGAGUUCUGCUCAGAGGGAGCCGUUGAAUAUCGAAUUUUCGGAGUCUACUGAGCAGUGUUCCUUUUGUUGCCGAUGAAGCACCAUGGAUGAUCGAGUGACAGUUGUUUGGACGAUGGCAGCCCCUUCAAAAGGAAAUCAACCAGGCAGAUCUACCGGAAUCUUUGGUGAUUGAAGAUGACCUCCACUCCUUCACUGAUCCUCCAGCUCCCCGCCCUCACUGUGAUAAUUCAAGUUGCAUAGUUGAAGAGUCGGCAAGGGCAGCACCAGCAGAGGCAGCAGUAGAAAAUGAUAGUACAAUGCCCAGUACAGUUUCCUUCACCUACACUAGCACAGAUCCAAAGUCCAGUGACGGCUUGGAACUUGAGAGCUUCUCUUUCGAAGGAAGCUUAACCAAUGACCCUAUGAAAAACAGCAUGGCUAAGAAAUCACACCAAGUUCCACAAGCUACAGAGCCAUCUUAUCCUUGUCCUGUAUUUCCCAGCAUUCCCGACUUGAGGGUGGACAUAUCUCGAGCGAUAGUUGCUAGUCAGUCGGAUAAAUACAGUUCAAAUACCAAUCCACAAAGACUAGGUGUAUACCAGGAUGAUAGGAAGCACUGUGUUCGUCACUCGCAGCUUGCAUCUGACGAUUUUAAUGACUAUUAUACCAAAAUGCUGAGUGCUAAAAAGAAGCAGCCUCUGCAUAUGCAGGACCCACCACUCUGUAGUUCCUGUUCACAGUCGAUGAUGCAAUAUGUCUCCGCAAUCCAGACACUUAUCCAGCAGCUCAGUGUAGACAUUAUUGUGAAAGGGAAGGACCCUCCAGACUGUAGCUGGUGUGCACGGGAGAAACUUGCAUCCUUUCAAAAAACCUGGGUCCCUCAUUCAUUUGGAAGCGGCUCCACAGCGGCAGCCGACAGACUGGACCAUAAGGAUGCUCAGUAUCCUUCGGGCUUGCAUAAUGGACAGGCAAAUGCUGCUUCACCAGAAGCUCAUGCAUGGCAGUGUCCCGCAUCACCUUCCUCAAUGCCUGUACCGGGCCACACUUCCACUCAAAGCUCAAACAAAGGGCAUACGGAACUCUUGCGUUCAGCCCAAGGUGUACAGAACUUUCCAGACAGUGGAAAGUUUCAAAGUGAAGGCACUGUUUCAUUUCACUCUCAGCCUCUGAGUUUGCCUGCUGGCCAGGUACCAGACAUGGGUGCACCCAUGAGCAGUGUUGCUAUAAACUCACUGAGCAGUGCCCUCGUUCCAACUGGUUUGGAGCAGCCGAACCUGCCUAAGCAAGAUGAGCUGAGCCUCUUUGCUCCUCAGCUCCCAGAAGUGCAACAUGUCAUAUCACCAGAAAUUGGCUUGUCACCGCCAACUUCACAAUACAAUGGAGAUGUAAUUCAGCCUUCAAAAAGUGAUGAGAUCAAAUUAGAUGCUCAUUUCAGUGAAAGUGGAGAACACCUGAACUCAGUCAAGCGACCAUCGGAGCUCCAGCUUCAUAACCUUGGGUCAAACGUCCAAGAAAAUCUGGCAGGCAAUGGGUUACCUCCAGCAGAACAUAGCGGGGCUAGACGAAAGUCAUCUCUUAGUUCAGAUUGGAUGACUGAUCUUGUCCAGCCACUUAUCCCAGAACCAGCGGUGCCAAGUGUGCGAGAUGAAGCUUAUGUUACCAUGGCAAACAAUGACCUAAGUGCCAUGCUAUGCCUUGUCCUGGGAAAUUCACUGUGGCUCUCCAAAACCUCUCGGUCUCUUGUCAUCUUGGUGACUGAUGGAGUGUCUCAUGCAUUCAGGCAUCUGCUGUCAUGCGUCUUCAACGUGGUGCUCUCAGUCCGUUCUCUUGGGACACAAGGUACCACUAAACUUGCCCUCUUGGAACAGCCAGACAUCGGUGUGUCAUACACCAAGCUCCACGCUUGGCGGUUGACACAGUUUUCAAAGUGUAUUUUCUUGGAUGCUGGAAUGCUGGUUGUUCAAAACUGUGAUGAGUUGUUCGAACGUGAUGAGCUGUCAGCUGUACCUGAUAUUGGCUGGCCAGACUGCUUUAAUAGUGGUCUGUUUGUGUAUGUACCAUCUAUGCAAACUUUCUGGGACCUCAUCAGCUUUGCUGAACGCCAAGGGAGCUUUGAUGGAGGUGAUCAAGGCUUGUUAAAUACUUAUUUUCGUAAUUGGUCUUCUGACAUAAACCGCAGAUUGCCAUUUAUCUACAAUCUGAUGGCAAAUGUCUGCUACACCUACAAGCCUGCAUUUAGGCAGUUUGGCCGUAAUGUCAAAGUGGUGCAGUUUCUUGGUGGAUACAAGCCGUGGAAUGUGAAAUUCCAUCCUCCCACAGGCACUUUGUCACCUGCUGCCAAUGUACACCCAACAUACGCCCAGUUUGUUCAGUUCUGGGUACAGAUAUUUGUCAAGAGGGUUCUUCCACUGUUCUCUUCGACCAUACAGAACAAGGUCAGUGAGCAGCGCUACACAUGUGCUCUGGACAUCCUGCAGCACUUUCCAUCAUUCCUUGUGGCUGAGCCAGUGGUGUACCUUCCAGCACCAUCUCUUCGUACACACCCCAAGCCCAUCCUCUACCUCCCACCGGGGGCACGCACUGCUCCUGAAUCGACAAUCGGGACAUCUCCAGACACCGUAGCUGUAGGCACAGAGGCUGGAGUUUCUGAAGUAGUAGAGGAUCCAGAGCAUGGUGUUGAACCAGAUACAAAUAGUGCCUCCGUUCCAGUUGCACACAGUGCAAACACAGUACCUAAAGAGAAGGACCUCCCGAAGCCUUUGCCUGUAGCAGUAGAUGACAACUGCAACAUCCUACCCGAAGCCAGUGUGGAGCCCACAACUGUUGACGAUUUGUCAGGGAUGUUGGCAUGGGAGCAAGGGCGUGCAGACUAUAUGGGCGAGCACUGCUCAGAUAACAUCAUGGCAAAAUUGGAUGAACUCAUUGGCCCUGGCAUUCAGACCAAGUAGAACGUAUCAAUGUAGGCUACAUUUGGUUGUCCAUACAUCAGCCGGUAAACAUUAAAUCUCACUGUCAUUUAC